CAUUCAGGAGGCAGAGGUGUGAAUCAAACAGUCCACACAUUCAUCCAGUUGGCUGGUGUAAAGAACAUCGAAGAACCCUGAUUACUCCUCCAGGCUAUUCGCAUGUGAAACACUUUUCCUGGGAUAAAUAUUUAGAAGAAACAAAUUCUUUACCUGCUCCUGCAAGAGCUUUCAAAGUGAAACCUCCACAUGGAUUCCAGAAAAAAAUGAAGCUUGAAGCUGUGGACAAAAGAAACCCACUGUUCAUCAGAGUAGCAACUGUGGCAGACACGGAUGAUCACCGGAUAAAAGUUCACUUUGAUGGCUGGAGCAGUUGCUAUGACUACUGGAUUGAUGCAGACUCUCCAGAUAUUCACCCUGUAGGCUGGUGUUCCAAGACUGGGCAUCCUCUUCAGGCUCCGCUAAGCCCUGCAGAAUUAAUGGAGCCAUCAGAGACUGGGGGAUGUCCAACUCUAGGCUGCAGGGGAGUUGGUCAUUUUAAAAAAUCGAGGUACCUGGGCACACAGAGUGGUGCCAAUUGUCCCUAUUCAGAAGUCAACUUGAGUAAAGACCGAAUCUUCCCAGACCGCCUGGGAAGUAAUGAGCUGACUCCAUCUUCUUUCUCAUACCCAAGAAGUAAAAGGACAGACACCAACGAAAGUUCCUCGUCUUCUGAAACCAGGGAACAGCAUGCCAAAAACGGCAAAGAAGAUUCUGAAAAGAAAAAAGAAAAUGAAGUAAAGAAAUCAGCCGAAGCCAAAGUUGUUCGGGAAGAGCCUACCCCUAGUGUACAGCAGACUCAGCCACCUCAGCAAGUGCAGCAAGUGCAGCAUGCUCAGCCACCUCAGCAGGCAGCGAAGGCUCCACAGGCUUCACAGGCAACACAGGCUCCACAGCCUCCACAGCCUCCACAGGCUCCACCAGCUCAGCAGACUCAGCAGACCCAGCAGGCCCAGCAGACUCCACAGGCUCAGCAGGCACAGCAAGCCCAGCAGGCUCAGCAAGCCCAGCAGGCCCAGCAAGCCCAGCAGACCCCACAGGCCCAGCAGCCUCAGCAGGCCCAGCAGGCCUCACAGGCCCAGCAGCCUCAGCAGGUUCAUCAGGCUCAGCAGACCCAGCAGCAGGCUCAGCGGCGGUCAGCUGUAUUUCUCUCCUUUAAGCCCCCAAUUCCAUGUCUGCCCUUGCGCUGGGAGCAGCAGAGCAAGCUUCUUCCAACUGUCGCUGGAAUUCCAGCCAGUAGAGUUUCCAAGUGGAGCACAGACGAGGUGUCAGAAUUCAUUCAGAGCUUACCUGGGUGUGAAGAACACGGAAAGGUGUUUAAGGAUGAACAAAUUGAUGGAGAAGCAUUUUUACUCAUGACUCAAACAGACAUUGUUAAAAUUAUGAGCAUUAAGCUGGGCCCGGCUCUCAAAAUUUUCAAUUCUAUUCUAAUGUUCAAAGCUGCGGAGAAGAAUUCCCACAAUGAACUGUGAAGACGGUGAAUUCUGGUACCAUCAGCUUCUGCUUUAUAGCUCAUUAUGUUCUUUCAAAGCACAAGGACAGCUCCAGCUCCCGAGUGAGAAGUCUUCAGAACUCACAGGAGCAGCACCCCAGGGCUCCAUCUGUCCCUCCAGCUGCAUACGCAUUCUUAGGAAAUGCCUGAGCUUCUUACCAGCAACUGUCCGACAACAGUCACCUUUUGGUUCUGCUCAAUGAGCUAAACUUACCUUUGUAAAUUUUUUGGAUGUGGGAGGAGGGUGGGGAAGGGAGGCUUCAUUAUUUAUGGAUGGGGGGCAAAAUCAGAACUUUUGGCAUUUUGUAAACAUUGUCAGAGUCUCUUUCAUGUACGCCUUCUUUUUUUCAAUACUUGCAGAAACCUUUUUAUAUAACUGAAUUUCAACCUAAACCAAAUCCUUUGAACCUGGCUGGGUUUAGCCUGGGACUACUGUCAGUCAUGUUCACCCUGUGCCAUAUUUGGAAUCACGGCAUUAGCCAAGUGUAACGUUGUGAGUCACAAUAUUGCCUAACUGUGUAUCAUCCUGUUGGGACUGAAGAAUUGUAAAUACGACCUUUCUCCAAAUCCAUGUUUUUCCUUUUGCAUGCAUCAUGAAUUGUUAAACAAAGGACUUUUCACCAGCAUCUUUACUGUUAUUAUUACCAAAAAAAAAAAUGUAUAUAAAAGAAUGGAAUUGAAGAAUAAACUAUAUAAACCUACUUAGAUUUGAAGGACAGUAUCUGGACAGAAUCAAUUUUGUACAUCGUGGUGCCCAUGUGUUUCCAGCAGUUGGCAUCAGAGGAUUGUGCAGUUACGUACGUAUCCCAAGGGAUGUUGAUGAGGAAUUUAAUUUGUGAAGUUAUUGUGUGCAUCUCUGUAAAUGACAUGGACUUAGCUGGUGCUUUACUGAAGAGGACUCACUUGUCUGGAAACACUAACACUUCAAGAGCUCCCAUACAUCCCACGGGUCCUACAGACCCAGAAGAUUUCCUCAGAGCUGAGGAGCAGAGCAAGGAUCUGACUGCACAGACCUGGUGUGACUGUCACACCCGCAGACAUAGAAUUUUCCACGCUCUCCCACAGGUUGAGAAAGUGGUUCCCAAAGCCGUUAUUCAGGAACCUCCAAUGAAGAAAGAUUCCUUUCACUAUAAAAUCUUUUGCCUUGAUUUCUAAGCAUCUGGAUGCACUUUAAAUGAGAGCCCGUGGUUAUUUAUAAACUCAUAGCUGGCAGUGUUUCUUUUGUAAGCGUGUACUUCUGAGGGGAAGGUAAAAUAUUUUGUCAGUCUUUGGACGUACUUUCUAAUUCCACAAUUAGAUGUUUACUCAAGGACUGAUUUAAAAAUAGAAGGAUUAGUAGCAUGCGGUCGGAACUCUGGGGAGAGUCCCACCUCGUUCUCGAACUCUUUAAUGUUUUCUGAUGUAGGACUUCCUUUGAUGUGCCAUAGUAGGAGUCCUUUGCAUUUGUCAUGAUUCAAGGUAAACAGGGUCCGUGACAUCUGCAAUGUCCUCUUCAUUUCUCUGCAUGAAUCUGCUAAAUAAGCUUUUUGUUACUCUCCCCACUCCCCUUUGUUGUGGUCAGUAUUUGUACAUUAACUUGCACUUGUUACAUGUGAUAUGAAUGAAAUAAAAGUCUUAAUUGCA